UUAUCCACUCAUCCUUAUCCAAAUUCUAACUCAACUCGCCAUUAUCAAGUCUAAAUUACACUAUCAAAUUUCUGAGCACAAUCCAAAUCACAACAAUGGCAUUUCGCACAGCAGGACUCUGGAAAUCAAUGGCAAAAGCGCUUGGCGGAGGCCCCAGCCAGAGUUCGAGUUUCACGACCUCAACUGUGCCCAAAUUGAAAGCCUACGCCCCUGCCGCCGGCCAUGUUCGCCCCGAAACUAAAUCAAAGUGGGGGGUGAAAGGGGAUAUGUUUCCGGUAUUCAUGGCGGUGGGGAUGAUCAGUCUAUCAGCUAGUUUUGGAUUGUUCACAGCGUGGCAUCAGCUGGGCCGGGGGCCCAACCUUUAUGUGAAGAAGUCGAGGAGGGAGACCCUCCCGGAGGUGGUGGAGCCGGAGCAUGUGGCCGAGGAGGCCGAUAAGUUCAUCAAGCAAUCCUUCUUCAGGAAAGUUGCUCAUAUACAGGACAUUGACCGCCAAGAAAUCAUGCAUCAUCCCCUUCGUGGAGAUAUUUUCACAAGGCCAGUGAAGGUGGAGACAUUGAGGGACGUUGGGGUUGAUCCCGCAGCCAAAUAAAAUACCGUUACUCUUUUCUUAUAUUUGAGACAUAAAAAUGGAGUUGAGUUGUACAUAUAGUGAGGUUUGCAACAUCAUUCUAGUAAGAUGUUGUUUGAAAUUUUCUUGCACUCGAAAACCUUCGUGAAGUGGUGGUUGUUGUUGAUCGAGUAACUUAAUUUCUCGUUAUAGUAGAUGGCAAAAUACCAUGGCUUCAUGGUUAUCUUCA